AUGGCACCAAACCAACAACGGCGACAGUCCCUCCUAUUUGAUUACAACAGACAUAACCUCCGCAUCCUAGCCUUCGCCACCACCAGCAACCUCAGACCCUCAGCAGCAGCUGAUACACUAUGCUGUGACGCGACGUUCUACACAUGCCUUAAAAUGUUCAAGCAACUGCACAAGAUUCAUGCCAUGACCAACAACCAGAUGUACCCGCUUGUAUUCGCUCUUCUACAAGGGAAAUCAGAAGUGAUCUACACCAGACUCCUGGAGAAUCUAAACUCCAUGAUAGAGGAGCAACAGCUACUACUCAACCCGACUACAGUUUUUCUAGACUUCGAGUUUGCUGCUCAUAAUCCCGCCAAAGCCGUCUUCCCCGGAGUUACCGUCAAAGGUUGCUUCUUUGACUUCACACGGUGCAUUUGGAGAAAGACUCGACAACUAGGACUCCGGACCUACUACAGACAGGACGAAGAUAUCUAUAGAUUAAUUCGCUGUACUGCUGUACUCCGUCUCUUUCCUCAGCAUCAUGUAGAAUACUACUGGUUCAAUGCACUAGAUGACCUGAAGGACGUCGACCUACCUGUGGACACCACAGCGUUCAUCAACUGUGUAAACACCAAAUGGAUGGAAGGCGUCAGACCGGUUUGGAGCCACUUCGACAAUGACGGACCUAGAACAACCAACAUCUUAGAAGGGUGGAACAGCAAACUCAAGAAGAGAAUCCCCCACGUUCAUCCUAACAUUUUCAUCUUCAUUCGAGUAAUGAUGGAAAUUCAGACUACAAAUGACGUCACAUGA